AUGGAAAACAAAACAGACUUUCAGUAUCCUCAUACUUUUGUACUCCUCGGAGCUUCAGGAGAUCUUGCAAAGAAAAAGAUUUACCCAACUAUCUGGUAUUUAUUUCGUGAUAAUCUUUUACCUCGUCAUACCAAAUUUGUUGGUUAUGCUCGUACUAAACAAACAAUGGCAGAAGUAAAAGAGAAAUGUAAAAAAUAUAUAAAAGUGCGCCCUGGGGAGGAAGACAAAUUGGAAGAAUUUUGGCAAGCUAAUGAGUAUUUCGCUGGCUCUUAUGAUAAAAGAAUAGACUAUGAGAUGCUCAACCAGCUAAUACACAAGCAUGAGAAAGGUCCUGUGGCUAAUAGAAUAUUUUAUUUAGCAGUGCCACCCACCUUGUUUGAAGAUGUAACUGUCAACAUCAGAAAUGCAUGUGUUUCCCUAAAGGGCUUCACAAGAGUUAUCAUUGAGAAACCAUUUGGCAGAGACGAUGUCACUUCUGACAAACUAAGCAAUCACUUAGCGGGGCUAUUUAAAGAAGAGCAAAUAUACAGGAUUGACCAUUACCUUGGGAAAGAGAUGGUUCAAAACUUAAUGACAUUAAGAUUUGCAAAUCAAAUAUUCAACCCCUCUUGGAACAGGGAAAAUAUUGCAUCUGUACUCAUUUCAUUUAAGGAACCAUUUGGUACAGAGGGACGUGGAGGCUACUUUGAUGAUUUUGGUAUUAUCCGUGAUGUAAUGCAAAAUCACCUUCUUCAAAUCCUUUCUCUUGUUGCUAUGGAGAAACCGGUCACUUUAAAUCCAAAUGAUAUCAGAGAUGAAAAAGUAAAGGUUCUUAGGCAUAUACAACCAAUUAAUCUAAAUGAUAUUUUGGUGGGACAAUAUAUAGGCAAUCCUGAUGGUCAAGGUGAAGAGACAUCAGGCUAUCUUCAGGAUCCAACUGUACCUAAUGAUUCUGUAACAGCUACUUAUGCUCUUGCUGCACUAUGGAUCAACAAUGCUAGAUGGCAAGGUGUUCCUUUCAUUCUUCGGUGUGGUAAAGCUCUGAAUGAAAGGAAAGCAGAAGUCAGGAUUCAAUAUAAAGAUGUUCCUGGUGAUAUCUUUGAUAGUAACGCUAAAAGAAAUGAGCUUGUAAUUCGAGUCCAACCUGGUGAAGCUUUAUAUUUAAAAUUAAUGAGUAAAUCACCUGGCAUGAAAUUUGAUUUAGUAGAGACUGAACUAGAUCUUACAUAUAGUCUGCGUUAUAGAGAGGCAGAUGUCCCUGAUGCAUAUGAAAGACUCAUCCUAGAUGUUUUUACGGGUACACAAAUGCAUUUUGUACGCAAUGAUGAACUAAAGGAAGCAUGGCGUAUAUUCACACCGAUUUUAAAGGAACUAGAAGAAAAACAUAUUAAGCCUGUGCCAUAUGUUUAUGGAUCACGCGGCCCUCUUGAAGCUGAUAGUAAGCUUGCAGAGUAUGACUUCAAAUACUCAGGUUCUUAUAAGUGGAAGAAACCUACACUUUCUUAA